CUUCGGUCCUGAUCGCGGGCAGUCAACUUGCGUCAGGCAGGCACGGCAGUCCACCUCCGUCUCCUUCUGCAUCUUCAUAAACAUAACUGUCGCUCCUGCCUCACUCCGCCCAUUUCUUUCUUCCAGCCUCUAACCUCUACUCUCCCCAUUGCUCGUUCACCCUGAUCGACUCUCUCCCUCCUCAACAUGGCUCCUCCGGUCGACCAGAUUCGCCAUGUCACCAAUCCUGAUGGCACUUCAUACACCUACUACCCCCUCGCCGUGAUUGGUGCCGGAGAGUCGGGCAUCGCAAUGGGAUGUCGACUGCGCCAGGUUCUAGGCUUCGACCAAUUCCGCAUCUUUGAGCGAAAGUCCGGUCUUGGAGGAACAUGGUAUGCCAACACUUACCCUGGCAUUGCCUGUGAUGUACCUGCCAUUCUCUAUUCCUACUCUUUCGCCCAAAACCCAUAUUGGACUACUUCCUACCCUUCAGGCGCCGAGAUUGUCGAGUACCUCUACCAGGUCUGUGCCAAGUUUGGCGUUCUCGACAAGAUUCAAUGCGACACCAGUGUCAAAUCCUGCCGUUGGCUCGAAGAUCAACAAGAGUGGGAACUCGUUCUUGAACAUCUUGCUCCAGGUGUCGGUGACCUAGCAACCUACGAACGUAACGCCCUCGAGGCUCAAGGUUCAAAGACAAUCCUACGCACCGAAAUAAUUCGUGCCAAAGUCGUCGCCUCUGCCGUUGGUGGCCUGGUUGAGCCCAAACCCCCGCUAGACGUUCCUGGCCUCGACACAUUCAAGGGUGACGUCGUUCAUACUGCUCGCUGGAACAAGGAUGUCUCUUUCCGCGACAAAAAUGUCGUCGUCGUUGGAACGGGUUGUUCCGCCGGCCAAGUCGUUCCCGCUCUUCUCAAACCUGAAUAUGGCGUCAAACACAUCACCCAACUCAUGCGCUCCCCGCCAUGGGUCGCCCCCGCCUUUGGAAGCCACGAAGUCCAGUUCUUCAAAACAACCGUUCCCAAACUCUCACGACUCAUUCCUGGCUUCCAGAAUGCCCUCCGCAAGCUUAUGUUCACCGUGAUGGAGCUCGAAUUUAUCGCGCUUUUCCGUUCCACAGAGGCCUCCCGUGCCAACCGAGCCGAAAAAGCCAAACAGCUUCUCCGCUAUCUACAUAAAAAGGUUCCGGAAGAGUACCACGAAAUCCUGACUCCUGACUACGAAGUCUUUUGCAAACGACGUGUCAUGGACGACGGCUGGUUUGCCUCGCUCGGAAGCCCCAAGGUCGACCUCACUACACUGCCCCUAACAUCGGUCCAGUCCAAUUCGGUCACUCUGGGUCCUGGGAGACACUACCCACCUCUGUCCAAAACCUCGUCGCAUGCACCAGUAGAAGAAAAGUCCAUUCCAGCCGACGUCAUUGUGCUUGCCCAUGGAUAUGCUACCAAUGAAUGGCUGCAUCCCCUUGAAGUCAUUGGACGAAAUAAUAAAUCACUAUCCGAGGUAUGGGACCAACGCGGUGGUCCCCAAGCGUACAUGGGCACGGCCAUGGACGGCUUCCCUAAUUUCUUCCUCAUUUUUGGUCCCAACACCGCCACAGGUCAUAGCAGCGUCAUUCUCGCAAGCGAGAACAUGGUCAAUUACAGUUUGAAGUUCAUCGCUCCAAUUCUCAAAGGCGACAUCAAAACGUACGAGGUCACCGAAGCUGCGGAGCGAAAAUGGACCUCAGACCUCCAAUCUCAGUUGAGGAAAUCCAUCUUUGUCUCUGGCGGAUGUCAUAAUUGGUAUACCAAUGACAAGGGUUGGAACUCGGCCACAUAUCCGCGUGCCCAGAUCGACUUUACGCUGAGGUGUUGGUUCCCCGUGUGGAGUCACUGGAAGGCUCAAUACACGAGCAAAGGUUUGGCCAAGUGGAGAUUGAGCUUGCUGUUGAAAUUAUUUGCAAUUGCAGGUUUGGGUUAUGGAGGAUUGUUUAUAGCCCGGAAUGGGAAGAAUGCUGCAAAGGAGAUCAUCUUCACGGCCAUUAAACGGCUUCGACAGGGUCUAGCUAGAGCCAUUGCGCCGUCUAGCUUGUGAGUUUCGGAUCAGCCAUGCAC